AUGAGCGACACCAACGAGGACCACGCGCGCAAGUUCAAGGCCUUCUUGGACCAGACCCAGGAGCGUCUCGCACAAGUGGCGUUCUGGGCCGACAUGCGCCAGAUCCUCGCCGUCAACAAAGGCUCGAGAGGCCUGGAGAUCCUCGACGACGUCGCCGAAGCCCUGCUCAAGGACCCCGACCACGCUGCUCAAGCUCUGAAGGGGUCAGUCUUGAUCCUGUCAGACCCGUCAACGCAGGAGACAGUGACGGAGGCGGCCGCGCAUCCAAUCUUCGGCGGCAAGGAUAAGAAGCGCGCGGCGACUAGCCCCGUCCAGGCAAGCAGUAAGUCCAAGAAGAAGUCGCGCCCGUCGUCCGAGUGGCUCGAGCACCUGGACUUCGAGUUGCGCGCGGACACGCCGAAGGACGUGAUUCGCGACAUCAAGGCCGUGUACCGUCAUACUCGGGCGCUCGGACUCGAGCCGUACCAGCGAGCAUUCCCUUGGGAACACAGACACUUGUUCUACGAUCCACUUGCGUACCCGGACGUCUACAUAGCGCACUGGCGCUUCUGGCACAGUUAUCGCAAGGCUUGCUUCGAUUGGGCGUUUCAUGUGCCCCUCGUCGACAAGAACGCGCUGACGCCGCGACGCAAGAGGAAGAUGAACGCCAUGCGCGAACGUCUCCGCCUCUGGGGCGGUCCGACGGGCAAGGCUACGCCAACCGGAGAAGCGACGACGCUCCCGGCCGUGCGCGGCUUGAGGUACUUGUUCAAGAAGGACAAGGAGGCGUACCGCCUGCGUAUCCGGGACGCAACGAAGCCGUUCCAGGUAGACUCGCCGCGGUUCCAGACACUGACCGAGAUGCUCGUGCAGACUGGAGCACUCGUCCCGACGGCCAAGCAUUCUCACCGUUUGAGCGGCAAGGCCCUGGCGCGCGUGGUGCUCGAUAUCACGUCGCCGACGCCCGUGCCCGACCACUGGGUUCCGUCCCUCACGAAAGGAGCGAUGCGUGCUCUUCUUGCUGACAAGACGAUCUCGGAGUUGCGUGUCAAGGUCGAGACGCAGCUCGGCGAUGGCAAGUUUCGGCCGAUGAAGGUGAACCCGUACAACGCGAAGGAGGGCGGUCAGGCGGGCGUAAUUCCACCGUACCGUCCAGACGGAACACCCACAGCACGCGGCCCGGCGACUACGGUCGACGACAGCAGCCCGACCUUUCGCGAGGAGCCGGAUGAGAUCGUCGCCAAGAUGGUGGUGGAAGCCGAGGCGAAGCCAAAGAGGAAGGCGUCGGGCGAGCUGGAGUACAUCACCACGGGAGAGGAGGCAGGCGCAGCCAACGAGGGUGAAGACGGAGUCUCCAACGACGAUGAUGAAGUGGAAGAUGACGAGUCGGACGAAGAGGAAGAGGAGCUGGAGACCGACGAGAUCGAUGAGUGA